AUGGAUGGGCGUCGCGCUCGCCUCCAUAGUCGACAGCGCGAUAAAAUCCGCAAUAAGCAGCAACAGAAGGAACAGAAGAAGAAGCAGCAGGAGCAGGCUAUAGUCCAACGCAAGCGACAAGCGUUAACACCAGAGUCUUCGAUAGACGAGGCCCUAGCACCAAGUCUAGCGCAAGAGGCGCUGAACCUGCAAACGAAAGAAGCCUUCCAAGACUUCCUGCUGCACUGCUUCCCCAAUAUGAAUGCGUCCGUUGCUUCGCGGGUCGAAGUCAACUGGAUGGACUUUGUGCGCGGGCCGACACCGCUGGCUCCGGCUGUGAUGUGGGGUGUGCGCGCCCUGGUUACAUACCAGAUGGGGUCUAUGGGCAAGCAGAGUGAGAGUGAGAAUGGGAAUGAAGAUGUGCUGCUCACCGCGCGCCAUAUGUAUACCCGGGGUAUACAACACCUUGCGUGUAUGCUAGGAACGCCGGCCGCGUUAACUGAUUCAACACUUGCCGCUGCUAUUAUCCUGUCUAUGUUCGAGGUAAUGGAUGGGGCGUGUGAGGGUUCCUGGCUGUUACACGCCCAAGGUAUCCGACAUAUUAUGUCCGCUCGGGGGCCGGAUGCACAUAAGAAAGGCAUGGGUCGGAAUCUGUUAUUAUCGUACCGCCCGUUCUUGAUCGGCGAAGCUUUUGUACGCUGCGAGCCCUGUAUACUGGGACGGCCAGAGUGGGCUGCGAUUUUUGAAGAUAUCGAUAUCGCUCUGGAGGAUGGUGAGAGCAAAACCAACAGCAGCAGCAGUCCCCUCGGACAAACGAUAGAUUACGCAUUCAACGAGAGCGCCAAAUGCCCUGGCUAUUACGCAGCCACGCACGAGAUUAUAACCUCGUGGCCUGUAUUUCACAACUCUAGGUCCCUCUCGCAGAGUCUAAUGGAUGAUAUGGGGCGCACCAGGUGCAGUCUCCUCCGGCUCCAGGACUGCCUUGACCAGGGCUUCUGCAAGAGUGACACAGAGCUGCAGCUGUUAGCAGGUUUUGCCGGACCGAUACCGGCAGCGCGUGUUGCUAGCCUGGUGAAGCUGUCGUCCGAGGGGAUCAGCGCUGCUGUUGCGUUGCUGGACCAGCUUAUCACGCUUCUGCGGUCUCAUUUGCAUAGGGUAUUCACCCAUCAGGUUGGGUAUACGAAGGACGUUUAUGCGGCGAGUACUGAGAAUCCAUGGUAUGCUGUUACGAAUCGAUUCCGUACAACUGGGGGACCGCGACUGGAAGAGCCGGAUGCCUGUCCUAUGGAUGGUCAAUUGGAUAGGUUUUCAGUUUCCAUGGGCAUGUUAAGUAUAUAUUAG